ACAGAGCUCUAACUCAGAAACAAAACAAACAAAAACAGACUCUUCUCACUGAGAACAAAACUUCAAUCUUUUUGUAACCAAAUCCUUACAAGAAAAUCAAAUUCACAUAUCUUUUUACUGUGAUAUUUCGAUUAACAAAAGAAAAAGAAAAAAACCCUUCUCUAAAACAGUGAUUAAAGUUAGCCCCGGAAAGUUCCUUUACUUCUGUUUAAUUUUUCAGGCGAAUUUGUUUUGUACUUUUUGAGUAAUGAUGAACAACGACGAGAUUGUUUUGGCGGAGAUGAGGCCUAAGAAACGAGCGGGAAGGAGAGUCUUCAAGGAGACACGUCACCCUGUUUACAGAGGUAUACGUCGGAGGAACGGCGACAAAUGGGUCUGCGAAGUCCGAGAGCCUACCCACCAACGCCGCAUUUGGCUCGGUACUUAUCCCACUGCUGAUAUGGCUGCUCGUGCACACGACGUGGCGGUUUUGGCCCUGCGCGGGAGAUCCGUGUGUUUGAAUUUCGCCGACUCCGCUUGGCGGCUCCCGGUGCCUGAGUCCAACCACCCGGAUGUCAUACGACGAGCAGCGGCGGAAGCGGCCGAGAUGUUUAGGCCGGCGGACUUCGGCGGUGGAAUUACGGUUUUACCCUUUUCAGGUGAUGAAGUGGAUUUGGGUUCUGGUUCAGGAUCUGGUUCGGGUUCGGAGGAGUUGAAUUCUUCUUCGUAUGGAUAUGGGGACUACGAAGAAGUGUCGACGACGAUGAUGAGGCUCGCGGAGGAGCCGUUAAUGUCACCACCACGGUCAUAUAUGGAAGACAUGACUCCUAAUGUUUACAUGGAAGAAGAGACGUGUUAUGAAGAUAUGUCACUAUGGAGUUACAACUACUGAAAUCAAGUUUACAUUUAAAAGUUAAAAGGACUGUGAGUAAAAGUAAAGAGUUCAAAGGUUUUGCGUUAGGUCCUUUGGUCGAGUUUAGAAUUUAGAAGGUUCCUUGAUGGUAUAAGUGGGGUUAUUGGUUUAAGAUUUGAAUAGAGUUUUAAAAAUUUUAAAUGUUAUGUAGAAUAUGCUGUUAUU